AUGGCCACAGAGGCAAACGCAGUGCAGAUUCUUCAGGCGAGACUGGAAGCCGAAGGUGGCUCCGCACCCAUUACAUCUUUGUCAGUGAAGGUGAAGUGGGGUCAACAUGAUUUGCAGGGUUUUGGCCAUAUUAGAAAGUUCCUAUCGAAACAUCAUGAGGUGUUCAACCUCGAGGGAUCAUCAGUGGCAUUGGUCAAGAGUACUGGCACUGGACCUGAGACAGCUCCAAAGACUACGAGCAAAUUUGCACCCCAACCCCCACCAGCAAGUUUGGCUCCGGUUGAAGCUCCGAAAAGAAGUGCUGAGAGAGAUGGUCCAAUGGGGCCAGUGCGUCCAAGUCCAAGCAAGAUCCCGCGGCUCGAUGACUCGACAGUCCUUGAUCCUGCUGCAGAUGUUGCAGAGCAUGGCGAUUUGAACGGGGCAAGUGUGAAAGGUCGCAACGGUUUUGAUUUUGAUUUUGCACCUGGUGCAGAGGCCCAGACCAAGGCUACCCUUCUGGCCACCGCAAAGACUGCUUCAAGGGCUGUAAAGGUCACGACAAGGGCACCUUCAAUUCCACCGAUUGCACCGAUUGCACCAACUCCAAAAGGAACCGCAAAGGUCAAAGAAGUGAAAGAAGUCAAAGACGAGAGCCUCGCAGAUCCAACUGAUGCCAAGAGCCUUGCAAAGGAACCACCGCCGUGGCAUACUCAGCGAGCCUUGAGCCGUGCUGUCGGAGCUACUCCACGCCAGGAUGCCUCGACUAAGACAGCUCAAACAGCUGAAGCUGCUGAAGCUGCUUGGGAUGAUGACACCUUGAGCGAUGACGAGCUCAGGAAGGCCAUCGCAGAGAGUAAAGCCCAUGGCAUGGAGUUGGAGUUGGAGGAGUUGGCAAGAAAGCUGGUCCCGAGCGAAGAGUACAGAAAGGACUGCCAGCGUGCAGUGCUUUUCUUGAAGUCUGCUUUCUCGCAAGAGUUCCAGAGAGGCGUGCCCUUCAUGCAUGGCUCCCCGCGUAUAGAGAUGGGUGGCUCAGCAGUGCAGAACACUGAGUUGGAGGGCUCGGACCUAGAUGUGGUUUGUUCCUCCUUAGCAGGUACCCAUGAGGAGCAAGAAUCCAAGAUGGCUCGCUUUUGGGAAAAAAUCUGCAGCCCACCGCACUCCAACAAUUUGGAGGCAACGGAUGCCAUGCGGUUUUUUCCACAUGCUCCUUGCCAAUUUUCAGUGAAAUUGAAAGAUCUCAGAGCUCCUGGAGCAAAACUUCAUGUUCACGUGAUUCUCGACAGUCCCAGCGCAGAGCCUUCAAAGUCUCUGGACAGCGUCAUUGGGCAACUGUGUGAUUGCUACAGUUUGUCUCGGGAUCUUAUUCGAUUGGUGAAGUUUUGGGCCACCAAUCAUGGCUUGUCAAACCAGCAUGAGGGCUACAUCACCGGAGUCGCCUGGACAGCCUUCGUUUUGUGCUUCCUGCAACGGCAGCAGUGUGUGCCGCCGGUGGCUCAGCUGGAUGUCACAAAAUUAAAGAAGCCAAUUGAAAAGGGUGAAAAAGGUGAAAAGCCAAAUCUGACUGAGCUGUUGAGAGGCUUCUUUCAGUUUGUGUGUGCACCGCAGCCUACCACUCCGCGGGGCCUUUCACUUGAAGGUGUAGAUUGCAAAGCAGCUCCACCGCCCGCAUCUCAUGUGGGACCCCCACCGCCACUUUACAUAGAAGACCCUGUUUGUGCACAACAGGGAGUUCGCAAGAAUCUUGCAUCAACCCUUGGGGAAUCCCAGUGGGCACGCAUUCUUGAAGAGUCUCGGAGGAUUGCAGACCGGUUGGAUCCAGCAAAACCGCAGCGCUGGUUCUACUGGGCAGAGGUCUUUGAUCCUCAAGGUUUGGCAGGAGCUAACAAACGCCUCCCGAAACUCUCUGAGAUGGCAGACCCAACGGCGAGCGACGCAGAGAAUGCAACCCAAGAUGGAUAUCCUUCAAAAGCUUCAGGGGCUUCCCAAGCACCUUCCCAAGCGACGCCAAUCGUCACCCCAAGCUUGCAAACUGAAGCAGCUGUGGAGUUCAUACAGCACCAGAGCAUGGCAUGCGCAGGCAAAGGGCACACAGGGCACGCAUUGUUUCCAGCUGGAAAUUUGUUGGCAGGAAAAGGCAAGGAUGCCCAAAAAGGCAGUCCUGCAAAAGGAUGGCCAUUCAGUGGUGCCUGACCAAGCUGUGCAUAUAAGUGCCAAGCGAUGAAAAACAUCUCGCGCGUAGAGGC